UCUGUUUGUUUCCCGGGAAAAUGGCACUUGGCGAGGAACCGAUUCUCUCGCGGUUGGACCGGCUNUUUUUUUUGUUGAGAGUGGUAGAGGAAAUUAAAGGGGGCAGCAAGUCAGCAAAGAGCUCGUGUACAUCUUCCCCGACAAGUGGGGCCCACACGAGCGAUUAUCACACAUCGUCCGUUGAUCUGUCUCCAAGAAGUCUGGAGAAGCACUGCCGUCCGAUGAACGACGCAGUCAAAGUCACUGAACUCAAAGGAAGCCUCCUCGAGAGAUUGGACAAGAUUGAGGAUAGAGUCCUGAAGCUUUGUUUGCAAGUAGAGGGAGAGAUUGAAAGGGAGAGGGAGAUGAUAAUGGUUGAGAAGAGUAGGAAGAAGCCUAAGAAGAGCUUUAAACAACUUCUUCAACACUGCAUGACCGGGUCGGGAAAGAUCUGAAUUACGGUCUCGAUCAAUGUAUGACUCGUGAUGACUUGAUUUCACUUGACCUUUUAAUCUCGAGGUAGGAUAGUUUUGGUUG